AGUUUCCAAAAUAAAUGGGUGUUUUAAAGGCUAGUAAUUUAUUUGGAUUAAUAUUUAAAGUAGUUUGACACCACUUCUCUUGUCUCUCUUCCAUAAAUUGAAGUAAAAAGCAAAAGUACAAAUUCAACCACCACUACACUCUACUGUGCGUAGUUGAUUUGAGCGCUCUCUAACUCAAUUCAAUAUGGAGUUGGAGUGCCAAAACCAACCAUUCCACCAUCACCGAGAUGAAGAAGAAGAAGAAGAAGAAGAAGAAGAAGAAGUCGGCCUUCUUGUACGCCAGUCUCGCCAAAUCACCACUCAUGCUAAUGGUAAAACUAAAGACCAUGCCCUAGAAGCAGAGGAAGAAAAAGAAGAUCUUAAUAAUGAAGCUGUACAUGAAAAUGGGGAAGGACUGCACAAGAAUAGCGUUUAUUUUGAUACCCAACAAGGCAAUGAAUCUGUUAAUGGAUUUUCUGGAAUGAAAAAUGUUGAAGAUGAGUCUGUUGUUUUGGAGACAACUCUGAAGGAUGAAGAAUUGCAUAUGAAGUAUGAAGGAAUUCUGAGUGCUGAAAUCACUCAUGAAAGUGGCAAGAAUUUGGAAGAUGAAAUCCUUUCAAGUUUGAGUUUGCCUGUGGUUCAAAUGUCUCCUGAAGAAAUAAGUAUAGAUGCUCCCACUGAAAUCACUCAUGAAAAUGGGAAGAAUUUUGAAGAUGAAAUCCCUUCGCCAGUGGUUCAGAUGUCAUGUGAAGAAAUAAGUAAAGAUUCAGAGUAUCUUAAUGAUAAAACUGUAGAAGAUUCAGAUGUUGACUUAAUAGACGAAGUUGACCAAGAAUUGACUGCAAUAGAUGUUGAGAGGGUGUUAAAGAAGCAGAAUACACAUGAGUUAUAUUGUCCUAAUUGUAAUUCUUGUAUAACCAGAAGGGUUACCCUUCGUAGAAAGAAGCCGAAGCCGAAAGUUAGAAAUAUUCCCCAUAGACCAAAACGUGUCAAGUCUGAGAUACAAUCUGUUCCAGAUGCUAAUCCAGCAUAUGCAACCAAUGGUCAAGAUCCUUACGCUUUUAAUAGUUCAAAUGUUUCUCCUAUGCAUGUAGCUGAUGAUGACAACUGCGAUAAACAACCAGAGGCAUUCAGAUGCUUAUCAUGCUUCAGCAUUUUCAUUCCUACAGGUAAUGGAUUUAAAAUAUUUCCAGUUUUUGGAGAUAGCAAUGAGAAUAAGAAAAUGGAAGAUGUUCAAAGUGUACCUGCAUCCAAGAAAAAAUGGUUCUUCUCUCUUUUUCUAUCAGAUAACAAGAAAGCAGCUAUUGAUCAAGGUACUAGAGCAACAGAACCUUCAGAAGUAGAUGGAAUUAAUCAGCAUAAUUCAUCGCGUAUUUCUGACAGUAUAUUAUCUGGCCAUGAAAAUGAUCAUCUGGUAACACCACCUGAUCACAGAACUCGUGUAGAAACUAGAGCAGUUGAACAAGAUUCCCUUGUUAAGUCUCAGCAAGGUGAAUCGGAGUCUAUAUUACCUGAGAAACUCUUGAUGGACCAAGAAAUCAAUAUGGAAACAGAGAACAAGACGCUUGCUCAUUGUAAUGGUCUUGACUUAUCAACUGAAAGUGCUUUGUCACCAAUUAAAUCUCUUUGCAGUGUAGGACUGGUUAAUUCUGCACUAAUAGAAUCUCAGGAAGUUGGAAAGGGUACUGUAAAUUCUUCAAAAAAAGAACCGAUACCUUAUUAUGGUGUUUCAAGUGAUGUGGAGGAGAGAUCAACUCAAGGUGCUUCGUCGAUUAAUCCUGUUAUCAGUGUAGGACUUGCUAGUUCUGUGUUAAUAGAUUCUCGGGAAGCUGGAAGAGCUACUGUAAAUUCUUUGAUAAAAGAGACAAUGCUUUACAAUGGUGUAUCAAGUGAUGUGAGGGAGAAAGUGGGUGAUACGAUGGUUAACAACAAACAAGGGGAUGAUGUGAUAGUGAAUGUAACUGAAACGCUGCCAGUUGAUCGAUCAUCUUCUUUGAGGAUACAAGAUGUUGACACAUCUGUACAAGAGAGACUUCUGCCAGAGAGUGGAACUAAGACACUUGUUGACCACUGCCAAGGUGCUGCAGCAAGUGAAGCCCCUAAAUGGGAUAUUUUAAAAAGCAUUGUGUACGGUGGUUUAGUUGAAUCAAUAACAAGUUUAGGAGUUGUAUCUUCUGCAGCAGCUGCUGGUGCUUCGACAUUGAACAUUUUAGCUCUGGGAUUGGCAAAUCUUAUCGGUGGACUUUUCAUCAUUGCUCAUACUCUUGGAGAAUUGAGAAAUGAACGUUCUGGAGAGACUGAGCACGAAGAUCGGUACCAACAACAACUUGGACAGAGAGACAAAUUCUCACUUCAUGCAACUGUAGUUGUCUUAUCAUUCCUCAUCUUUGGUUUGGUGCCUCCUGUCGUAUAUGGCUUCUCGUUUCGUACGAGUGACAAUGUAGAUUAUAAGCUUGCAGCAGCUGCAGGUUCCUCUCUUGCAUGCAUCUUUUUGCUUGCAGUUGGGAAGGCUCAUGUACAAACGCCACCCAAAUCUUACAUCAAAACGUUGUUGUACUAUGUAAUCUUAGGAGUUGUGUCCUCAGGUGUUUCUUAUGUUGUCGGUGACCUAAUCAAGAAACUUAUGGAGAAGCUUAAUUGGUCUGAAUCGAGUAUUGAUUUCAUGAUACGUCACCAAAUGAACCCAGGAUGGGCAUCCUAUUGACAUAUUAGGGUCAUAGUUCAGAUUUGAAGGAAUUUUUCUUGGUUAGGUGUUGAAGGAAAUUAACUAGAAUAAUACAGAGCUUAGAUUUCUUGUUACUUACAAAAGGGUCCUAGAAGGCCCGCCAC